GUGGAGGUGCAGUGAAAAUCCCUUUACUGCAUGCACUGUGUGCCUGCCACAAGAGCAUCAUUACGCAGCAUAAACCCACCUCUCUCUGCUAUUUUAAAACAGCAUUACAGUUCACACGUGUGCUGAAAAAUCUGAGAGUACACAAAGACAGGACACCUUCCCUUGCUGUUAGCUGUGAGCAGGCAGAAGUGAAAGCGUCCCCCAUCUCCUACCUACGCUGGCCAGGCAUUAGCGUAAGCAGGAAAUUGAUUCAGAUAACCCUGGUGUGCUCUCACUGUCACCAAGAAGCACUUUUUCCCCUGAUGGUUUCCCUUUGGUUUCAGUUCAGAGAGCCCAGGUGCUGGAAGCUGGCAAUGGAAGAAGAGCUUCUGCGACCCGCCUGAGUCACUGGUGAGCACUGGGAUGGGAAUUACUUGCUGCCUGUGGUGGUUUGGAUCACAUCCCACCGAGUGCUGGCUGGCACUAGGUCUGGCACAGGGCUGCUGUUUCUCAGUUCCUCUCCACAACUGAUUCACAUGGGCACCUCUCCAGCUUGGGCAAAGCGUUGCCAUCCACAGGCCCUCUCCUGGGGCAGCCCAUUUCCUCCAGCAAAACAGCUGCAAACCCUGCAGCAAACCUUCUGCAAGGCUGUCAGCAGUGGCAAACAUCCCUGAUCUUCUGGGCACCCAGAUGUUUCUGUUCUGCCCUCUGAGCAGGCUGGCUCACCUUUCACAUCAAAUGCUCUUUCCUGUGCCCUGAAGUGCCCUUAGCUGUGCAGUGCAGUGCAGUCCUGAGUGAGGCUGAGGUGGAGGAGGUUCUUUCAUGGAGAGUCUCCAUUUUCUGGGUUGGGUGCAUUAUGGAGGUGUUUAAGGAGAUAAAGGCUCUCAUUUCAACAGGAGAAUUGGAAGGCGUUGUACCACAGCAGAGUGUUCCUUGCAGAAAGAGAUGGGAAUGAUUUUGGUUGAUUUAAUGAGCAGUGAGAGCUCUGAAGGAGUUUCUGGAUGGGAUUUUGGGCUGGUGACUAUAUUUCUUCUUAAUGUGUCCCAUAACUUUUUUGCCUAAAACAUCUGUUCACUGCAGCUGGAAGAAAUUCUGGAGUUAAGGAAGACUCUUAACAGCAAAAUGGAUAAAACACUGAUUUUUUUUUUUUUUUAUGUUUUUAGACUGUGUGGCAUUAGCUUGCUAAACCAUGCCAUUGGAUGAUACAAGUAACAGAGUGUAAUAGGACUCAGGAAAAGUGGAUGCCACGUAAAUGGGAGAGAGCACUAAUAAGAAAAAAGAAGGAAACUUGUUUCCUUCACCUACCGACAACAGAAUGAAUUCUUAGGCAAUUCAUCCUGUAGAUAAUCUGUGCUGUGGAAACUGAUGGUGACAGCUCUCCAUCUGCCUCCAAAGCAGCAGGAAUGCUCUGCUGCUGGCAUCUGCUACCGAGGCAACCCAAGCAUGAGGAUGGUAAUCCCUCAGGCUGCAUUUUGGCAUCUCUGGUUGACGUGAGGAAAAUAGAAUUGGUCCUCAUUAAAUGUCAGGGAACUGGGAACCCCAUUUUCAGAGAAGAAAAGGUCAACUGUUUAAAAAUGAAAGGAGCAAAUGGACAACCAUCUCUGGUUGGAGGAGGCUGUUCAUGUGGAACGACCAAACAGGGUAAUUUGCAAAUUCCAGUUGGAAUAAUAAGUCUUUUUGCCUGAAAUAUGAUUAGAGUUCAUAUUUCUGAGGGCUGUCAAUGCUAGGUGAUCAGUUAUGCUGGAGUAUGUCAGACAUUUAGCCUGGUGGAUAACAGGGAGUCUCUCACAAGCUGCAAAGGGAAAUACUGUGUACAACCAUGAACAAGGGUGCUGAGUUACAGGAGCACUCAGAUGUUUGCUGUGGAAUACAUUUUAAUUGGUUAAGUGCUUUGGCUUGUUUUUCAAUCAGGUACUCUACCUGUCCACAGGAUUUCCUUGCCCAGUGUGGGUUGUUAGAAUAGAAAGGAAAAUGGAUGUUGCUUUCUGAAGCCUGAAGUGGUCUGUGGCAGUGUCAAGCUGUGCAUAGCGCAGCACUAGUCACUGCUUCCAUGGGCCAGGAGCACACUGCAGCAGGGAGGCAGGGCAGUGUAUCUGUACUUGCUAUGCUGUUUCAUGCCAGCCAAAAGGUUGGUGGUGCGUUGGCACUGCUUCCCUCCAAAAGCAGCAGAUACCCUCAGCGACCUUACAGGAGCUGAGUGAGAGCUCUCAGAGAGCUGCUGAUGCCACUAAGAGUGACUUGAAUGUCUGACAAGGUGGGUGGUACACACAGAGGAGAGAUAGCACUGCUAUAAAAUUGAGCACUUCUCCCGUGAAGCCAUCUGAGAGCUGUGUUGUGCUUUUGUACACACCCUGUAAGGAAAACGUCUUUUGAGUGCAAAGCUACAAGAAAUGCAAACCAGAGUGGCUCUAGGUCUUGAACUACUUGCCAAAAAUUACUUGAGAUUAAUGGACUGCUGACAAAUCUCAAGGUUUGUGUCUUAAGGCUGGAAAAAACUGUUGACAGUUUUUCCUACUGGAAAAUUAACAUUGCAUUCCUGUGCCACGUAUGAACUUUGUUAGGUUGAAAGAAAAACUUACGUCACACUUCUGAUUGCAAUCUUGCUUUUCAUUCUUUUUUUUCCACCACUUCUUUCAGACAGGAUUAAUAUAGCCAAGGACUUGUAUAUAAUCUAAUAAAACUUUGGAAAAGUAGGAGUUUACUGCUAUAAAUGAGGGAUCAGCAGGAAAAAGAUGUCAAGUUAAGAGGCUUCAACUCCUGUAACACCUAAACUGAAGGUAAAAUCCCCUUGCUGCCUUUUUUUUGUAUGCUGCUUGCUGUGAACCACAAAGCCACCUCCUGCUUGAACCAGUGCAAUGAACUUGUGAAGUCAUGUGGGUGGGAUCUUCCUUAAGUGUAGACUUUCCAGGUGAACAUUAGGGUGAAGACUUGGCCUCUGCUUUCUCCAACCGUGUCUGACUAUUGACUCUUGUAGUUUUUUUGAGACUAAGAACUGCUGCAAAAAAAUAAUUAAAAAAACCCCAAACAUGAAGAUCUUUGUUUACAGAUUGUGAUACUCUUUUCCAGAGGAGUGCACUUUGGUGCUUGUCACAUAAUCAUUGUUUUGCAGUUCUCUGAGCGUUUUGGUUUUCUUCCAUAGCCUGGUGCCGUGUUUCCCUCUGGAAUCUGUCUCACCCCUCUGCAGAUGCCAGCCCUCCCACGAGCAGCACCCUGCUGCAAGCAAUAGCUGAGGCAGCGUGGCUGCCAGUGAGUAUUUGAAGAGAUUCCCCCUGUGUCUGGUUCCCAGUGCAGCUCCCAUGGCCUGUGACGAACCCGCUGCUCUCUCAGGCAUCUUCACACGCCAGAACUCUGCCAGCACCAUCUCUCUGGACUUUGAGCCUGAUGCCGACUACAAGUUUGUUGAAACCUUAGAGGACCGGUACAAAUGCGCCUACUGCCACCUUGUCCUUCACAACCCCCACCAGACGGGAUGUGGGCAUCGAUUUUGCCAGCAGUGCAUUCUUUCUUUGAGAGAGUUAAAUGCAGUACCCACCUGUCCUGUCGACAAAGAAACAAUAAAAAUGCAUGAGGUAUUCAAAGACAACUGCUGUAAAAGAGAAGUUCUCAAUUUGCAUGUGUUCUGCAAGAACUCUCCUGACUGCAAUUCAAAAAUAAUUCUGGGACGAUAUCAGGAGCAUCUUCAGCAGUGUUCGUUUGAAAGCGUGCAAUGCACUAAUGAUGGAUGUUGUGAUCAAAUUCUUCGGAAAGACUUGAAAGAGCACUUGAGCCAGCACUGUAAAUUUCGAGAAGAAAUGUGUCAGUACUGUAAUACGUAUGUGGUGUUCAUUAACAUAAAGAAUCAUGAAACAGAUGACUGUCCUAAUUAUCCUGUGCCUUGUCUCCAAAAUUGUUCACAAAUAAUUCUGAAAAAAGAGAUUGAAAAUCACCAGGCUGUGUGCCCUGAGGCAGAAGUGGACUGCCCAUAUAAGCAGUAUGGAUGUCUUGCAAAGGUUAAAAGAGGGAAACUUGCUGAACAUGAAAACUCUGCCCUGAGGGAACACAUGCUGCAGAUUUUAGACAAGAACUCCCGGUUGGAAGAACAGAUAUCUGACCUAUAUAAGAGCCUGGAAUGUAAAGAGAUUAAAAUCCAGCAGCUGGCAGAGGCCAUUAAAAAGUGUGAGAAAGAAUUCAGACAGUAUACACAACUGUUUGGUAAAAAUAGCAACUUGAUGGCUUUGGCCAGUCACCUGGAUAAGUCUGCACGCCUGGAAGCACAAGUGAAACAGCUAAUACAGAUGGCAAACCAGCAGCAGAGUAAAUUAGACUUGCGGCCCCUGUUUGACACAAUCGAAAACAUAAAACAGAAGAUUGCCCUGAUGGAGACAUACGAUCAGCGCUUGGUUGUUUUGGAAGAUCAAUCCAGCAAACAUGAUCUCCAGAUCAAUAUUCACAAAGCACAGCUCAAUAAAAAUGAAGAACGGUUUAAGCUUUUGGAAGGCACGUGCUACAACGGGAAAUUAAUCUGGAAAAUCACAGACUACAAGAUGAAGAAAAAAGAAGCGGUGGAAGGCCGUGUCCUCUCCAUAGCCAGCCAGCCCUUUUACACCAGCCGCUGCGGAUACAGACUGUGUGCAAGAGCCUACCUGAAUGGGGAUGGCUCAGGGAAGGGAACACACAUCUCUCUCUACUUUGUAGUGAUGAGGGGGGAAUUUGACUCGCUGCUGCUGUGGCCUUUCAAGCAAAAAGUUACACUUAUGCUUUUGGACCAAAGUGGGAAAAAAAAUCACAUCGUGGAAGUCUUUAGAGCCGACCCCAACAGCAGCAGUUUCAAAAGGCCAGAUGGGGAAAUGAAUAUCGCCUCUGGAUGUCCACGCUUUGUGCCACACACGGUCCUGGAGAACACAAAGAACACCUAUAUCAGAGAUGACACUCUGUUUCUGAAAGUUGUCGUGGAUUUAACUGAUUUAGAGGAAUUGUGAAAAGUGUUCCCAAUCAAUGGGACUUCUUUAACCAUUCAGGACUGCUUUAACCAUUCUGAACUGCUUUCUUGGUGACUACCACCCAUGCAAUAGUGAAUUGCCACCAGUCAAGCUACUGAGAAUGUUUCACAGCUUUUGGACUCAUAAGAGAUAAUGAAUUGCCAAAGCAUCAGCCUUUCCUUUUUUAACCGUUUUUUCAAGACUGCAUUUUUGAGGCAGCUAGAAGUCCAGUUUGAUGCAAACAUGCAUUCAAUCCAGAUUGGCUCAGCCCAGGCUGGGGGAAUGCUUUUCUCUCAUCACCAGACUGGUGUUUGGAGAUUAAACUCCUCCAGUAACCUCCCUGGAGCCCAGGCAGGCCUGUGGGCUUCCAUCCCUCACACUGAACUGAAGCCAUGCCCAAACAUGCAAGUGUGUUUCACCUGUCUGCAAUGGAAACAUUUCAACAUUAGCAAAUUUGAAUCAGUGUGUGUUGAUCCCUCCACCUCCUGGAUUUUUGAAGAGGGGAGAAUGGCUUCAGCUAGGCAGGGAAAACAUUUGCCAAGUAUUUUGCAUUUUUUAAAAUUUGUUUUAAUUAUGGUUUUUCCAGAAAGCCCAGAGGAAGGCACCAAUGCCUCUUACUUUUUUAGCCUGUUUUUUCAGCUGUGUAGAGUACGUCCAGGUCACAACAGCUUUCUUAUGUCCUUUCCUUUCCUGCCUAGUGCCUUGGGACUGAUUUCCAUUAGUGGUAAACAUCCACAGUCCCCAUCUGAAGCCAAAAGCUGCAGGCACUUCUCACCUCUCAGGACAUGGCCAGAAGCAGGGCACUCAGCCAGCCUGCCAGCUCUUGGCUGCACUGUUGGAAGAAGGGCAAAACUCCUGUUCUUUUUCUUCCAUAUCUGUGCAAAAGAGAUGUUUUCUGGCCUACAAGCUCUACAAAAGGCAGGAAGAGCUUUGGAUAUCUGCUUGGGAAAAAGCCCAUGUAACAUGCACUGUUCCUCUCUCCUAGAAAUUUGGAUGUUUGGGGAAGAAGGGGGAAAAGGGAUUAGGGAGUGAGGUUGCAGUAAGAACUCUAUUCUCACAGGUAGUGCAGCUCUAGUGUUCGUUAAAGGUCACACAGCCACAGAAAUAAUUGCUGACUGUGUUGUCUGAAGAUCUUAAUUUUCAUUCCAAGUUCCUUUCAUACUGCAAGGGAAUGUGUGCAAUGUACAGGGCUUUAUUGGAGAAGCACUAAAACUACCAAGAUCAGGCACUGAGGAACAACUGACACAGAAUACACGUGCCUUUUUAAAACGUUCUGGGUGCUUGUAACAGGGAUGUAAUUUUGCAUUCUCAGGCAUUUUGUUAUUACAAGUGGCAGAAUUUUGCAUCUCUCGUCUCUCACAGAUCAGGUGGUGAAACACCACAGCAUUAUCCAUUGCUCGAAAGCUUAUCAAGAGACAGCAAGAACAUAAGAUGGAUUUAGAGUAAGAGUAAACUAGGCAGGAUAAAAAUCAAAACGGGGCUUGGACUUAAAGGUAUAAGGCAGAAAAAUCAAGAGGGCAAAUAUGGCAAAAUGAAAAAUGCCCUCUCUGGGCAGGAUGUUGAUAUCAACUAAAAUAAUUCAAGGUUUGGAACUAAGAUGAAGGCAAAAUACUGUAUUUUGUAUCUGCAGUCUUAUUGCUAGACAUUUGCUUUCCCACGUGGUUUUCAGGAUGUAACUCAGACACAAAUAUUUUCAAAUUCGGGGGUGGAAGGGAAGAGACCUUAGUAAUCUAUACCUCAUGGUGGACUAGCACAUCUGAAAUCUUUGUUUCAUCUAGAAGUCCUUUUUGUUUUACAGUGUCAGGAUGUACUGAGCCACCAUAGGGGCUUUCCGUGUUCCCAGAGACAGAUGGCAAGGAACAAAUUUUAUUGUUUUGUACCACCAUGAUUGACUUCAAGAGUCAUUUCAGCUGUACAGCAUAAAGAGUUAGGACUCAUGUUCCUAGCACUGUUACAGAAAGAGCAAGCUUGGUUUGACAGUGGUGUGGCAUUCUGUGUCAUCAGCCCUGAGCCUCAGACGUGGAUUUCAUGUCGAUUAUUACUUCAAUAUUUAUCAUGUAACUUUCAAAGUGACACAACUUGCAUAAUAACCACUAAUAACUGAUGGAAAUGUACUACCAUGUGUCCUGGGACUCCCCAGUACAUUGAGUGUAAAAUACAGAAAGUAAUAAAGAACUUGGACAAGCAAGGGAGGCAAGAUAGAAAGGAUGGGGUCUGUAGCCUGUCAAAUACCCAGCCCUCUCCGCCUCCACCACCCCAAGUGUAAAAUGGGGGUAAUAAUACUUGCAGAAGUGUUAGGGCUAUUUAAAUGUUUGUGAAGAAGUUUGAGCAUGAAGAGAGCUAAGUAUUAUUAAAACUCCAUUUCUAAUUGUUAGAGUAGGUGAUGGCAUAGUGACAUGGAUAAGUGCUUAGUGUUUUCCUGGACAGAUUUUGAAAGCAUGUUUGGUUUUAGCCAGUUUGUACUGCAAUCUCUACCUACUGGUUGGGUUUAGGUUUUUGCCACAAAUAUUCCUUUUAAAAUUUUGAAGCACAAGUGAUUCAUCCUGGGUGUUGGAAACAUCCCUUUUGAAAUACUACCUGUUUUAUAUAGAAUUAACUGAGAAAACUGGUUUUUUUUAAACACAAGACCUUCUUUAAAUUGGUUCUUUUUAUUACAGUAAUUGAGAGAUUUAUGUUUAAAUUUUCAGUGAUUUUUUUUUUUUACUAAUUGUAAACAGGAUUUUAAAUUUCAUCUCAUUCCUAAUAAAGAAAAAAAUAUGUUGUAUAGCAUGAAUUGUUAGGAAGAAUUUUGAUGUUGCAUGGAAAAAAUACCAAAAACCUUUUCAAUAAUAUUGUACUGGAUAAGUAACCAAAAGAGCUUAGGGUAUUUCUACAUCAGCAUACAGUAUGUUUCUAAUGUAUUUAUUGACAGUUUCUAGUUGUUUGAAUAUCUCUUACUACAAUGCAGGCAUUUUUCUAGCCAAAUGUCUUCACUGUGUACAUAAACUAAUGUAAGAAUAAAUAAUUUUACCAUCCUUCUGUA